UCUCAAUCUUUAAUCCACAAUCAAGUCAAUCAAACGAUGCAUGUGAUUGAAACCUCUUGUCUAGAACCAGAAUCCAUUAGGGUAACAUCAAACUGUAGCCACUUCUUCGUCCGUUACGGAAUCUGCUGUAACUGCAGAUCGACGGUAGACAAAGACCACGGCCGAGCAUUCGACUAUCUCGUCCACGGUUUACAGUUAAGCCACAAAGCCGUUUUAGUUACAAAGAGCCUUACUACACAGUUGGCUUGUCUCAACAAGAAGAAACUUCAUCUAGUCCUUGACUUGGACCACACGCUUCUCCAUUCCGUUAUGGUCUCACGGCUUUCCGAAGCAGAGGAGUAUCUGCUACGAGAAUCAUAUUUUAGGGGAGAUCUUUUGAUGCUUGACAGAGAAAUGUUGAUAAAGCUUCGACCUUAUCUCCAUGAGUUCCUGAGAGAAGCCAACGAGUUGUUCUGCAUGUAUGUCUACACGAUGGGAAACCGCGACUACGUUCAGGCUGUUUUGAUUGAUCCGAAGAAAGUAUAUUUUGGGGAGAGAGUCAUUACUAGAGACGAGAGUGGUUAUACCAAGACGCUUGAUCUUGUCUUGGCUGAUGAGUGUGGAGUUGUGAUUGUUGAUGACACUCGUCAAGUUUGGCCUGAGCAUGAGAGGAAUUUGCUUCAGAUCACCAAGUACAAAUACUUCAGAGACUGUUAUCAUAAGGCGUCUAAAUCUUACGCAGAGGAGAAGAGUGACGACAGUAAGAGCCACAUAUCAUUGAGGAAUGUUUUGAAAGUCCUCAAGAAUGUUCAUAAAGAGUUCUUCUGCGGCGGAAUUGAGAAAUUAGAUUCGAAAGACGUGAGGCUUUUGCUUCAAGAACAAUACAUAGCAAUUUGAAUCAAUAUUUUACCCUGAAACCUUAGAAGGCAACAUAAACACAUUUGACCUUUAAUAUAUGGAAGCAACAAGAAUGAAAAUGUUAAGUUUUACAAGUUCCAAUCAAAAGAGUUAGAUACUUAG